UGUGGCACGGCGUGGUGUGAAGAGCACAGCGCACAGGUGUGACGGAUUGACAUCACGCCCUGCCAGCGGCCGAAGACUCGACGACUCGAAUGCAAAUGCAAAUCGACGACGAAUGAAUCGACAAUGACAAAGAGUAUUAAAUGUCUGCGCACUUCUAGUUGUAAUCGAAUUCUCCUUGCCUAUGUGAUAUUAGCUUGUACUGCAGCAGCCCACAGCUCGCCACCGCCAUGCGGUUUGUAUGGAGCGCCGCCUUGCCAAUUUCUACCGGCACCGCCCGGACAGACGCCCUCCUGUGCCCGGCCCGGGAAGACGUAUUGCGAGCAUGCAGAUAAUUAUCCCACCUAUCUCAUCAAGAGUCUCGUCCGCAAAUGGGGCUACGAGGCCGGCACUCUGCUGGUGGACGAGACCUGGGAGGAUUUCGCUGCCGUGGCGUGGCACGAGACGCCCGUCUUUUACGAUCCCAAGUCCAUCUUUCCGUCGCGCGAUCCCAAUGGCCAGGACUUCAAUGGCUACAGCUAUCAGACGCCCUUCGGUGGCAGCAGUUCGCAAAGGGUCAACGGGGGCAAUUCCCUCUUCGCCAGCAGUCCCUCAACGGAGGCGCCCACAUAUCUGCUGUACACCUCUUCAGGCGGCGGCCAUCGUGCCGGACAGCGCUACAAUCAUCAUCAGGGCGCGACAGGAGGAUCUGCGGGUCAGCUGUUCUUCAAUCAGGCAGGCAAGACCACGCCAUACAAUGCCACACUCUGGCUGAAGCGCUUGGUGAGGGAUCUGAGCCGCAAGCAGAAAGAAGAAGCACCUCCUGAGGAGGAGAAGCAGCCGGAGAAGGAAGAGGAACUGCUGGAGAAGGAGGAGGAGCAGCAGCCGAAGGAGGGGGAGGAGCAGCAGCAGGAGGAGGAGGAGGAGCACCAGCAAAUCAAGCGCGAUGUCUCCCUCAACAUGGAUCUCUUAGAUAUUGUGGGUGUGGCCGGUAAUCCCUCAAAGAAACGCACUCGCACCAAGCGUCAAAGUCCCGGCCGCUCCACCCUCUGCCAGACCACCUCCCAGUUCAUAACCCCCCAGGCGGCCCUCAAUAGCCGCGGCAAUUGGAUGUUCGUGGUCAACGAGCAGAACACCGCCCGCCAGAUGGUCAAAGCGGAGCUGUGCGCCUCGAACACCUGCUCGAACCUGUGCGAGCUGCCCAACGGCUACAACUCGAGAUGCGAGCAGAAGUUUGUGCAAAAACGUUUAAUUGCGCUCCAGGGCAACGGACAGAAUCUGUACACGGACACGUUCUGGUUUCCCAGUUGCUGUGUCUGCACGAUAGCUGCCAAUUAAACCAGGACGAGGACCAGUACGAGGACCAGGACCAGGACGAGGACCAGGACAGAGUCGGGUGGCUGGACAGGAGGCAGAGCAAUCCCGUGACGCACAUCGUUCCACCGUCACUUUUUGCGUGGAAAUACGAUUUGAGAAUAAUUAUUGCAAAAUUCAUAAUUGAUAUCUAAAUGUUAUACACACUCUCAUAGAUACACUCACACACGCACACACAUACACACACACACACACACACACAAACACAAACGAAUAGUAGUAGCUUUUAGAAAUUAUAAUUUAAAAUGGAAAAACCUCGAGAGAGAGAAAGAGAGUUGGGCUCGAUUUGAAUUAUUCUAUUCGAAUAAGUCUUACCCUGUGACGACCCAUCAUCUAUCGGAUAUUAAAUAUAAUAAU